GGUGAUGGAUACGAUGUUCAGUGAAUCGUGCAGUAGUGAAUCCUUUGCAGACUUAGCUGUGGGACUGGGGCUGGACUAUGUCAAACUGGGAGGUCUGAGUGGGACUGAGACGAUGGCUAAAUACAAUCGCCUAACAGCCAUAGAAGAAGAACUGGCCCGACAAGGACUGCUGGUCUGCAAGGAACCGGAACCGCCGCUCUUCAGCAAAGAGCCGAAGGAAGAGCCGGCUUCAGCAGAGGAAACCAAAUGACUCAGCCAACAGUCCGGCCUGCUUGUUUAAACAAGCCUUGAAAAUGUGCCACACUAAUCAGUUCCAGUUUUCCUGUUCUUCCUUGUUAGCACUAAUUAACCACACUAUUAAUCUGAAUGUUCUUUUA